AUUAUUUUCCCCCUUAAUAGAUGACCGAACUGAGCGAGAUAUUUAAUGAAUAAAUUUCUUUAAAAAAGUUAACUUCCUUCUACACUUCAGUUUCAAUAAAACUGAGAAACGGAGACAAAAUUCCAAGAAAGAGAGAAGAACGAAAUCAAUGAACGCAACCGUGCAUCAAUCUCUCUUGAAUUAUGUUGGAGAGAGUGACUCGGAGGAGCGCGAAAAAGAAGAAGGAAUGGUGAGGAAAGGCAUAAAAGGAGAAGGUGGUGGUGAGAUCAACGAGGUGCUUGAGAGAGUUCAGUGUAUGACGCUUCGAAAGGGUGCAACAAUCAAAAGAGGUGAAGAGAUUUCCAGUGAAAAAUAUGAUCUGUGGAGGCAAGAGCAGAAGAGAAGGGCAGCUAGGCUAGGGAAACAGCUGAAAUCAAGGUGGGAACUUCAGGAGCUAAUUGAAGAACAAUUGAACAGGUUCCGUUCCCACUACAACCAUGCCAUGGUCCCAAUCCAACUCAAGGAUGUAGCUGAGCUGCUCAUGCCUAGAUGGACUCCACCUCAUGAGUUGGCUGCGCUGUCCUGGCUAGGCGAUUGGAGGCCAUCUGCCAUUCUUGACCUUAUCUGCGGCUUAGUCUGUCCCUCAACCUCAUUAUCGUCAUCAUCUUCUUCCCUAUCAAACUCAGGUGGGAUUGAACGGCUCUUAUCACAGGUCAUACAUGAGAUACGUAUUGAGGAGUCAAUAAUUGACGAGGAAAUGUCUGAGAUUCAAGCCACGUGUAUCCUCCACCUUCCUUUUGCUUCAUUGAACAAAAGGCAAUCAGGUGGCUCCACCUUGGGUUUCAUUCAGGAAGAAUUCAAGAAGAUUGAGCGGGUUAUCACUAAGGCACAACAACUCAGGUACAAGACAUUGGAGUUGGCCGUGAAGAAGGUCUUGAGCCAAACUGAUGCAGCGCAGUUCUUAGUAGCUUUUGCUGAAAUUCAAGAUGUUAUCCACCAAGUUGCUGAGCAGCUGAAAUUGCGAAAGGUUCUGGUAACUCUGCCCACCAAAGCCUCGAGACCUAAGCUAACAGCGGCAAAUCUCAGGAUCAAUCUUAACAAACCAGAAUCAGUCAAUAGAAAAUACACACAGGAUUUUACUCUGUUGAGUAGUUGUCCAGACUUGUAAGUGUUCAUCAUACGCUCAUUGACAUUUUACUCUGUUGUUACGGUAGUCAUAUACUAUUGUGUAAUUUCAUCUCUGUGUCAUGGGUUGUGGAAUUGUACAAAUAUGUUUACGCAUAGGAUUCUGGGAAAUACCACGUUGACCAAUAUGUGAAAGAAAGUCGAUUAUACGAUUACCUUGUUUUUGAAGAAUGUUUUUACGCAUUUUCAUUUGUAGUUUUU